UCACCGGGGUCUUUCCUCGUGUGGCUCUCCGUGAGGGUCACGCAGUCAGUCUGAUCGCUGUUAUUAUUAUUAUUAUUAUAGUUUCUCGGCUCUGAUAUCGUGUCUCUCGUCAUGAUGGGCGCCAGCAGCAGCAGCAGCAGGAUCGCAGCUGGUUUGGGCGCAGCGCUGUUUGUCGCGUACUGCAUUUAUUUCGACAAAAAGAGACGCAGUGACCCGAACUACAAGAACAAACUACGAGAACGGAGAAAAAAGCAGAAGGCGGUUCAGGAGAAAGCUGGAUUAUCAAAGUUGCCAGACCUGAAAGACGCUGAAGCCGUCCAGAAGUUCUUCCUGGAGGAGAUUCAGCUCGGAGAAGAGCUGCUGGCGCAGGGUGACUAUGAGAAGGGUGUGGAUCAUCUGACGAAUGCGAUCGCUGUGUGUGGUCAGCCGCAGCAGCUCCUACAGGUCCUGCAGCAAACACUUCCUCCUCCAGUCUUCCAGAUGCUCCUCACCAAACUGCCCACCAUCAGCCAGCGUAUCAUCAGCGCUCAGAGCGUCAGCGACGACGACAUCGAGUAGAAGUCCUCCAGCAGCUCUGUGACAUCACGUCCUGUCUGAUUCGAAUCAGUCCGCCGCUCUGCCCCGCCCCCUUUCCAUCCAGUUUUCAAACAGUGCACGCACAGAAGCGAGUUUUGUUUUGAAUCUGAGCUUGACCUGUUGAAGUUGACGUGUGUUUCAGUGUAUUAGAACUACAGGAGACGAGCAUGACCUGUUUUUUCUUCGCCAAUUAUUUGUUUUACUAGCAAAGCGUUUUGGGUUUACACAAUUAUGAAAUAUGCAAGCAGUAAACUGUAAAGUAAAGAGUACAUGCUGCUGUCAUUUAUCUGUGUUCAUGUAUUUAAGUUAUUUACGUUUAAUGUGGUAUUGUGGGACAGGAAGCACAUUUAAAUGUGUUCUGUUUUAGGGGAGUUUCCUCUUUUUUUUAACUCCAAAAUAAAAAUAAAAUAAAUCAUA